AUGGGGAAUGUAAACAAAAAACCACAACAAAAAUCAGAAACCAAAAAAGAACAUGAAGAUCAAGAAUCAUCAUCAUCAUCAUUAUUGACGUUCACUUGCGCGAUUUGUUUCGAACCGGUGACACUUCCUAACACGAAAUUUGAGAAUAGUAAUAGAUGUGUUGAUCACUCCUUUUGCAUGGACUGCAUGAUCAAGUACAUUCACGUGAAGCUCCAAGACAAUGUAUCCGACAUCAAAUGCCCAUCUCUAACCUGUGACCAUUCUCUCGAACCGUUAUCAUUCCGCCCAAAAAUCCCACACCAAUUGUUUGAUAAAUGGUGUGAUGUGCUUUGUGAGUCGGCGGUGCUAGCGCUUGACAGGGUUUAUUGUCCGAAUAGAGAGUGUUCAGCUCUUAUGAUCAACGAGUGUGGUGGUGGAGGUAGUUUAAAGAGAUGUGUGUGUCCCAGUUGCAAGAAACCUUUUUGUUUUCGGUGUAAGGUUCCGUGGCAUGUUGGUUACGCGUGUGAAGAUAGUAGGGAGACUAUGGACCAGAACGAUGUCGCCUUUGGUGUUCUUUUGGAGAGGAAGAAGUGGAUGAGAUGUCCUAAGUGUAGACAUUGUGUUGAGCUUGUGAAAGGUUGCGAAAUUGUUCGAUGCAGGUUACAACAAAUCCUCCCUAGUAGGAAGUUCGCAACCGAGCACAAGGGACCUGAGGUAGAAGCGGCCAAGGAAGAGGCGGCAGCGGUGCUUGGUUGA